AUGAUGCGAAGAUUCAAUUCCCUAAGAGAGCCCUUGAGAAGGUUGCUUAUGACUAAUUCUCAUCUGGAAGCGCCUUUUUAUGGCAAAAUUGUACGUGGUAGUAAAUUUACUCCGGAGUUUGCACAGUAUUUGAAAUUGCCAAAUGGAGAAGUAGGCUCUUACUUUCACGACAUCUCUCUCGAUUUGGAUAAACAGAGACGCACAGUAAACAUGGUUGUGGAAGUCCCGCGUUGGUCGAACGCAAAGUUCGAGAUUUCGAAAGAACUGUCAUUUAAUCCCAUAGUACAGGACAAUAAAAGCGGCAAAGUUCGGUUUGUUGAUAACGUUUUUCCUGCACAUGGAUUCAUACACAACUACGGAGCAAUCCCGCAAACAUGGGAGGAUCCGACUGCUGUGAGUUCACACGAAGGAGUGACCGAAAUUAAAGGCGAUAACGAUCCCUUGGACUGCUGCGAAAUUGGAUCUGCAGUUCUUUCCAUGGGCGACAUCAAGAAAGUCAAAAUUCUAGGUUCCUUGGCUCUCAUAGAUCAAGGAGAAUUGGACUGGAAAAUUCUAGUUAUUAACGUGGAAGACCCGCUUGCGCAUAAGAUCGAGAACAUUGAAGACGUUGAGACUCAUUUCCCUCAGCUGCUAGAGGCCACCCGGAACUGGUUCCGGAACUAUAAGAUACCCACGGGCAAGCCUGCCAACGAAUUUGCAUUUGAUGGCCGCUACAGGGGUGUCGAAGAGACUUUGGCCGUUAUCGAGGAGUGCCAUGACUCCUGGGGGAAGCUUCUUCGGGAGUCCGUGACAGAUGAAAAGUUGCCACAAAUUAAGAGGGCCGGUUCUGGUGUAGUUUAUGAGUCCAACGAGUUACCAGAUGCUCCCGUGCCGCCUGAGGUUGGUAAAUGGCAUUACAUUAACAAUUAG